AUGGUUGUAGCUGAAAAGAUAAAUAAGGAUAUAAGAAUUUGUAUUGAUCCACAAGCUUUAAACAAGUCUCUGGAAAGGGAACAUCAUCCUAUCCCUGUAAUUGAUGAUAUUCUACCCCAACUGUCAAAGGCAAAGGUUUUUUCAUCUUUUGAUUUGGCCAGUGGGUAUUGGCAUUGUGUUCUUGAUGAAAAAUCUAGUUUUUUAACCACUUUUCAAACCCCUUUUGGUCGCUACAGGUGGCUCAGACUACCAUUCGGUUUAAAUGUUAGUGGUGAGAUUUUCCAAAAACAAUUACUCUUGAAUCUUGAGAAACUUGAUGGUGUUGUGUGUAUUGCUGAUGAUGUUUUAAUUUAUGGUGUAGGUGAAACGUAUGAGGAAGCUGUUAAAGACCAUGAUAGUAAGAUAAUCAAAUUUUUGGAAAGGUGCCAGGCUAAGGGUAUAAAACUUAAUAAGUCUAAGGCCGUAUUAAGAAAAUCUGAAAUCGCUUUCUUAGGUCAUAAGAUCACAAGUAAAGGUCUCAUGCCGGACCCUAACAAGGUGGAAGCUUUCCUGAAUAUGAAACCACCUACUGAUGUAACUGGUGUUAAAGAGUUUACAGGUAUGGUUAAUUACUUAAGUAUAUUUCUUCCUAAUUUAUCUGAGGUGUUAGAACCAAUAAGAAAAUUAACUCGUCAAAAUACCGAAUGGAAUUGGACAGAAAAACAAGAAAAAGCUUUCAUUGAGUCAAAAAGGCUAAUCACUAAUGCUCCAAUACUGCAGUACUAUGACCCUAACUUAGACCUUGUCAUACAAGUAAUUGUUGAGAGUGAUCACAAACCUAUUGCUAGUAUUGUUUUGAAACCCUUGUGUAAUGCUCCCAAGCGACUGCAAGGAAUGUUGCUUAACAUUCUACAGUACGAUGUUGAAAUCAUACAUGAAAAAGGUAAGGAAAUGUAUGUGGCUGAUGCAUUCUUGAGAUCUUAUUUGCCAUUAGAUAAUUAUAAAGAAAGUGAAUUUGAGCAAGUUAACAUGCUUGAUUAUUUGCCAGUAAGAAAAGAGCGUCUUGAUGAAAUUAAAUAUGAAACAGACCAGGAUGAGACUUUGCAAAUUUUAAAAUCAUUAAUUUUAAAAGGAAUGAACUCUGAUAUAAAGCAAUUCAUCUUAUCAUGUGAAAUUUGUAAUAAAUUUCCUUGUGCUCAACAAAAGGAAACUUUAUUUAAUCAUGAAAUUGCUGAUCGGCCAUGGGAAAAGGUUGGAGUUGAUCUAAUGAGUAUUGAAAAGCAUAAUUAUCUUAUAACUGUUGAUUACUUCAGCAAUUUUUGGGAAAUUGACCACCUAGAAAACACAUUAGCCAGAAAAGUUGUGGAACGAUUAAAUGAAAGGUCUUAUCUAAUUGAAAGUGAAGGCAAGCUAUUUAGAAGGAAUAGAGUUCAGUUGAAAGAAACCCCAAGUGAUGUGCAUAUGUCCAAGGUAAAUGAACCAGUAACUAUUGACUUUAUUGGUAAUGAAAUUGAAACUCCUGUCAAAGUGGAAAAUAAAGUUGAAAGUGACAGACAAACAAGGUCAACCAGAAAUAAAUUACCCUCUAAGUAUUCUGAUUAUGAAAUGUAUUGA